UUUUUAAAUAAUAAAAUGAAUGCAACUAAUUCAUUCGAAUUCGGCUGGGGCGACCCUUUCUCGACAGACCCUAAAAACCAAUUUGAUGACGAGUAUAUGGUCGAGUCUCUGAAUAACUUCGAGUGGGACAUCCCACAAGAGGUCUUUGAAGAAAAACACAUUUUUGAACCCGUACAAGAUUUCCCCAUGUUUAAUUUUGGUCACCAGGAAAAAGAUUCUGGAACGAAAAAUUUCAAGACUAAUAAAAAUGAAGUUUUUGAAGCUAAACACCCACAAGUCUGCCUAGACAAAAUUUCUGAUGCUCAAUCAGAAGCUGGUGUUAAACUUGUUGAAGAAAAUGAGGCUAAAUCUGAGAAUGAAAAUAUAAACCCACAAGGACUCAACUCCACCGAAAAGUCAGAUAACUCAAGCUCCAGAAGGCUUUCAACUGACAACUGUGACUGCCUCUCUGACUCCAAGGAAGAUUCAGAUUCGGAUACAAUCAUCAGAAUUCCGAACAUCCAAUUAUAUCUGAAGGAAAAUACACCUUCCCCUGCUUGCGAUUCCCAAAACACGAAGGUGAAGUCAAAUCCUGAAGAGACUAAGCCAGUGUCCAAAACAGGCAUUCAGAAAGAAGAAGAUCCUGACUUCUGCUAUAAAGCUCCAAGAAAACAGAAAUUCGAGUACAAUAAGAGAAAAGAUGUGAUCUUGAAGACAAUCUUGAGGAAAUGCAGAAGAGUUUUACAAGACGAAUUCAAUGAGGUUACUGGAUAUUUUUCCAAUAGGAAAAUGCAAGGUCAUCAGUUCCUAAAGGAUUGUAUCCAAAAAUUCCAUGAUACCAUCCCUGUAAAGCCAGAGUCACUUGAUUUGUUGUUCUACAUUGGCGCAAUGCUAUACCCACAGGAGAUGAGCAGAGGAGUUGACUGCUUCUUUGAAUGCGAGAAGAAGGACAGAGUCAAGCAAAGGAAGUUCUUCAGAGCGAAAAUCCAAAAAGUUCAUGAUGUAUUAUACAGAUAUUCCCAUGAAAAAAUGGACUAUUUUGUUAAAGUACCAGAACUCUCGUACCUAUACACCAUGUUUUACCAAAAAGCUGAUGCUCACAAAGAUGAAGAUCAGUAUUACAUGAAUGGAGCUACUGAGAUCUUUGAAAGAUGCAAGGAUACCUUGAAUCAUUCUGGGAUUUCAAUUUAAAUCUCCAACACCGACCAAUCUGAUUUUAGGCGCUCUUCGUUAUCUUUAAAGAUAGUGUUCCGUUCCUCAGCUCGAGAAAAUCGGAACCUAUCUUUGUGUCAAUAGUUUACAAAGAUAUAAACCGAUGAGUGCUAGUCCUAUCAGAUUUUACGGUCAACCCCAAGUUCACACUUGGAAUGUUAAUAGCUUUCAAUACAUCUCGUUC